GCCACCGUAGCUGCAGCUGUUGGCGCUAAAGGUGGAACAAGUUUGAAAUCCCGAAGCCGAUCGGAGCGGCUAGAAAGAAGAAAAUCUUCAAGGACAUUUGAACCACAGAAGAUGCCACACAGGUGCUUGGUGCAAGGGUACAAAAAUAGCACUGUAAAGAAUUGUUUCAUUUCUGGCAAGACAUUUUACCUGGAUCUUCCAAAUAACAAGAAUUCAAAGUACCUGGAGGACAUUGUAAAGAAAUUGGGAGGGACAAUAGAAAGUUUUCUCAGUAAAGAAGUGAGUUAUGUGAUUUCCAACAGCAGGGAGGCAAAGCUGCGGAAUUCAUCUGUCAAUUUAGCACCUGUUCCAAACAGAGAGCAUUUAAAAAACAAUCCAAUUGGGACCCCUCAAUCUGUCAAUCCCAAAGAUGGCCAGAUGAUGCAGAUCAGCAGGGGAAAACAACUACUUGAAACAGUGAUCAAGAAUAAUGAAUGUGGUGGUAGUAACAGUAUAUUGGUCAAUGCACGUUCCUGGGGAGUGAAAAUCCUACAUCUUGAUGAUCUACUGGCAUAUUUUGAAAAAAGAGGUGUUAAAUUACUACAUGGCAAUAGAAAAACUGAGGGAAAUGGAUGUUUGCCUAAACCCAUAUGCAAGAAUACAAAAGUGAGAAAACUAAAGCAACCUUUUCUUAAAAUUGAAGACUCCAGUCGGCAUUUUAGACCUCUCUACCAGCAAUAUACAAGCUAUCCAGAACUGAACUAUGAAUCUCACAGAGGAUUCAGUGCAUUUGAUCCUUUGAAGAAACCUGGGAAUGCACAUCAAGAGCAAGAAAAGAAUAAACUUGGCGACUGUAGAAUGACCAACAGUGAGGGUGAUGUGGAAACACUCACAAAACCGGCAGCAAUGCAUACAGAGAAAAAACAACAACGAUUCUGUGAAUGUUGCCGUGAGACAUUCUACGACCUUGUUGGGCAUCUUCUCUCCAAGCAACAUCAAGACUUUGCCAGUGACUCCUCUCAGUUUGCAGCCCUUGAUGAUAUUAUGUCUCAAUUAGAAAACGAAUUUGUACAGUACCAAAGUGAUGGAUACACCCAGCGAUCCAUGAAAUUUGCUUCAAGCUGUGGAAUUUCACGGUCCAAAAUGUACACAAAAUCGAUGCAGGCUGUUAAUGACUUUGUCCUUGGAGAAGACAAAUGUUCACUUGAGUCUAUGGCUGCAAGCCAACAGAUAAACUUUCCUGUAAAAAAUCUGGAAAGAAUUGAGGAGAAUGAUCAGAAUUCAAAGGUGUAUCAUGUGAUACCUGACAAAACAACAGAUGAGCUGACUCAAGAAAGACUGAAACUUAAUGGACACAGAUCCUGCUCCCUUCAGCAGGAUCAUGAUCUGGUUUCUUUGAGCUCCCUGAGUCAAAUAACUGCAUGCCCAAAACAGUUGGAGGUAAAACCUCCAGAUUGUAUUUUACUAGACUUCAACACAGGAGUAUCAGCAGAGAGGACAACUAGCUACGUGCCUAAUGAACAAACAGAUGUUGGAGUUGGUUUUGUGCAAAAAAAACCAUGUGGUGGUGACAAAGAUGAAAUUUCAGAUGAGCAGGAGCAUGUGAAAUAUACAUCAGUUGAAGCUUCGUAUUGUGUAGAGGCAAUUCCUGACUCAUGGAAGGCUGCUUGUGAUAUAAUUACAACAGAUACCAACUUUAGUUUUAAAAAACGCAAGCGCUCUGACAACACCAGUUCACAAAUUGAGAGAAGUCCAAGAUGCAGAUUGGAUGCACUGACUAAUGUUUGUGACUGUUUCUCUUUCCCUAAAAGUGGAAAUUGCCUUGCCAGAAAUUUCAAUGCACAUAUAUUUCGACCACAUAAUGAACUGCUUUAUUCAUCUAAUCUGGAUAAAACCUUUACUUCUCAUUCUUGUGUUGAAAAGAACAUGUUUCCUUCUGUAUGUUCACUGAACAUCUCCGUGGGGGAGCAUUUUGAUUUGACUGGUAAUUCUAGUUUACAUAGGCCUUUGACUAGUAAAGAAAUCCUUGUAAACUUGCAAAGCAGUAGAGCCAAAGGUGAAUGUGAAAACUGGGAGAAGUCACAAACUGUCAUUUUGGAUUCAGAAGUAAAACUAAGCAACUUAGCAAAUACCACGUCUACAGCUGGUGAGGUUGAUCGACCCAAAGAAGUUCUGCAUUCUAAAGAGCAAAUAGCAAUUCCUUUAAGUAGUGUGAUGAUUCAAGCUGAAAAAGAUUUGCUGUCGGCUUCUCAAAACAAUCAAGUUGUUUUUGACGUUGAAGCUGAAAUUCAUAAUACAAAUGAGGAAAUUGAACACUCAAAUGUAGCAGGAAAUACAGCAAUGCAGCUACUUUCUUCCUUUAAAUCCAAUGGCCAGAAAUCUUUGGGAUUUGAUGCUGUCCUAUGUACGAAAGCUGAUUUGCGAGUGGAUGAAAGUAGAUAUAAAAAUUCUGUCAACGAAACUAACUUCCAUCAGUCUUCCUUUAAAAAUAACAUAUUCCACACAGACAGCUUUUCAUCAGAAUCUGAAUGGGAUAUUCAGUUGCCUUCUAGAAUUGAUAAUAGACAAAUUAAAGACAAAUCUGUUGACUUGGAGCUCUUGCGAAAGACUUGUGUUAGUAUGAAAGAUGCCAAGUAUGAGACACAGUUAUACUCUGUACUAAAGGACAAAGCUGAGGUAGAUUGGACCAGAAAAGAAGAGAGAUGUCUCAUGAGCUGUCAAACUGAAACACGUCCACCGUGUUAUUUAACACUUCUGCCCUAUCUGGACAGUUAUACUAAUUAAUAAUACAGUGCCAAAGUUAUUUGAAAGAUUCAAUUCACUCUUUCAUCACACUUUAUAAAUUGUAAAUGAUUUUACUUCUGAGAGCUAAUCGGUUCAUAAACCACAUUGCAAUCAUUUUUAACAUUCCAAGUCACAGGUUAUAUUAGUUCUGAUUGAGUUUAUGCUCCAAAGUCACCUUUAGUUAACAUGCAGUGCAGUAGAUUAAGUGGCGCAUGUACGACCGCAAUAAGAGCCUACUUUGUCAAAGGAAAGUGUUUUUACCUUCCUUCCAUGCAUCCUUUCUUUCCCUUCCCCACUACUAUGAAUUUGCUACACAAAAGGAACAAAAUAAAAUCUAAACGCUCAUAAGACAUAAACAUCAAUGUUCCAUUUUGGCAGUGCAAUGAAAAUCAAGUUCAUUAUGCUUUUCCACCCAAUGGUCGGAUAUUUUUGUGGUCACAAAAGUGCCAAAUCAUUAGGAAAACAGAGUACUUCUUCCCUGCCACAAAGGAAAAGUUAAUCUUGUUUCAUCUUCAUUUCGUUCAAAUUCUCAAUGAACAUUCAAAUGGCAUUGGUGUAGGUCCAGGAGCAGGUUCCACAGGCUGCUUACUUGAAUAUACAAUGUGGUAGAAUUUAAAUUCAUGUGCGCAGCGUUGUCUAUAAAAUGGUUGCUCUCUUGAAGCACUGAUUAGUGUAAGCAUUUACCUGAGGAAGAGUAUGUUAAAUUAUAAAUUAAUUAGGGGGUGGAGAGUGUUGGCAGCUUUUUCAGGCAACAGUACAACGUGCACAGCAAAUAAUUCCACCUAGUUGUAUUUAAUAUGAUUGAAAUUUGUUUACAAUUUCAAACGGUAUGAUUUGUGUUGAGAUAGUCCUGCAAAUAUUGCAUAAAUUCAUUAACAUUUACUCGCAGGCAUUCGAAACCAUCAGCAGUGACCAUUCUACCGCAUUUUGACUUUUUAUGUUGAUGAACAGCUUGUUAGCAGUAUGUACAAGGUAGGAUAUGCGUUGAAUUUGCAUUUGCUAUUGUGAGUACUAAACAAAGGCUACAAUGCAAAUAUAUGUUAGAAAACAUUAGAUGCAAACCCCAUUCAAUCUAUAGGCAUGGAUAAAGGCACACGUCGUUCCGUUGUACUGAAAAAAAAAAUCAACAUUUGCUUGGUGUUACUGACAUUUAAUGUAUUGUGUCCUUAGACCUGAUAUUUUGGGUCUCCAUUUGACUGACUGGUAAUGUGAAUUUGCAUAUCCAUUGACCUAAUUUGUCUUGAAUACUUUGUCUUGCUAUUGAUUACCUUGGCUCAGACACCAGCUAAUCAGCAUUUCUGUUUGAAAGAAUGGAAGUUAAAAAUUAAAAAUGCUGGUUCCAUUUGGUAAAGGAAACAUGAGAGAGGAGUUAGGAAAAGUGAAAUAGUUUUAUGGAGACAGAUUUGUAAAAUUUAUAUUAUUAAAAGUGUUUAUGCUUUUAUUUUCUUUCACCCAAAAAACAGCUACCUAUUAUAGAAUUUACAUUUAGGAAGUUGUGAGCUCUUAGCAGCCACACAUUUAAAAAGAAGUCUAGUUUAAUCUGAAAUGCUUAUGUUAAAAUGUACAAGUUUUAUUUGUUGGUAUGUUUCAGCAAUUAAUUUUAAAUCAAAGUAGUUGCCUUUGAUCUUUGAAAAUCUUAAAGGAGGAGCAGCAGCAAAUUUGUUGUUAUAGUUUUAUCACCAGAAUCUUGCCAAUUUAAAUAUUUUUAUUUAAAGUAGCACUUGCUGCUUUCCUGCUUUUGGCAUUUUGAAUGUGAGCAAGGUGAACAGAUUGCAGUUAAAUUUCUUCAUUAUCCAGGCAAUGCGUGAUAGGCUAGAUUAGAUUGACUAGAGUCACUAGAUAUGCCAAUUGAAAAAAGAAGUUUCCUGCAUUAUCCUAAUCGUUCAGAUUUUUACAGAUGUUUAUUUGUUGGUAUAUCUUAAAAAUGAAUCUGACUUGAUAAUAGCAUCAUUUGUGGCAUUUUAUUCGUUUUCUAACUAUGAAUACUCAAUUUUAAAGUAAUUUAAUGAAUAGGUUCUAUACAUUGUCAUUCUUUUGAUAGAGAGCACGCUUUUUUUUUGUUUUUAAACUGUCUCCAGUAAAUCCUUCAUACUAUAAAGGACCACCUCUGUCAAACAUGAGCUCUUGAAAUCUGUACAGAUGUAUAAUUUUAAUCAUGACAUGUACAUUGGCAUAUACAUUAUUUUGUG